CUACAUAAUAAAUUAUAUUUUUUAGGUUUUAUCUUAUUUUAUUACGUUGUUAUGGCUCAAUUGCACAAAACGUUAGGUCAAGUUUGGUGGGGUGGGCCACUUACUGAUGUGGGCCGCUUACUGAUAAAAUACGUUACACUAUGAGAUACUUAGUAAUACUUAUAAGAAAUAAGUCUAGCGGUUUCUAAAAGUAGGGGGUAAGGGCUAUGCUGACAAGAGCUAGAGCAACUAAGGAAAAGCCUGCGCUAAGCGAGACAGGGGUGAGCGUGGGAUGACAACUAAGCUGCGUGCGCAAAGCGGAAGCUGCAAGUGCAUGAGAGUGUAUAAGUACCCAAUAGCUUUGAUGACUAGCUGCGGCGUGCUCAGAAUCGUUCUAAGGCUGUUUCGUCCGGAUGGGUUGGCGAAGAUGCGGUUCCGGAGGUCCUUAUGCCUGCUACAGUGCAGGAGGAAGUGGGCGACGGUUUGCUGUCUCUCUCCAUAACUGCAGCGGAGACUGGUAACGGUCGGGACGUGUCGGCUGAAGAAGAAGUCAUUCAGACCUACCUUCUCGGUUCGCAGCUGCACCAGCAGCACGCUUUCCCUUUUGCUAAGCCUUUCGUGGAGCUGCAGCACUUUCUUGGUGAGCGUCAGCAUGUGUCUGUAUGUCCCGCGGCCUGUCUUGUCUUCCAUGCGCUGAUUCACGCCCUUUCUGCCUGUGUCUUGCACCACCUUCUGAGCGUUGUUCUGAGCGUUCUGAGCGGGUACAGCUGCGAGGGCGGGUUUGCUGGUAGCUGGCUGCGGCCGUCCUCUCUCCAUCCAGUUGCCUCCUUGGCGGCCUGGUCGGUGGCCUCAUUUCCGGGGGUGCCUACGUGGGCCGGUAUCUCUCAGACAGUCACGAGCGCUUGGCAAAGCGCCGCACAGUCACACAGCCACGGUCCUAGCGU